AUUGACUCCGAAUCAAAAAAUAUAAUUACUCUCUACAUUCCGAAUUCAUCAAUAUGAAAACAACAUCAGCAGCUCUACGUUUUAAUAUAUCUACUGAAUGUAAAAUUACAAAAGCACGCUCUGCAGUUAUGAAACUUCCCCAUUAUGAUGUGAAGACACCAGUGUUUAUGCCAGUAGGAACCCAGGGUACCAUGAAAGGUCUUCUACCAGAACAGCUAGAAAAUUUAGAUUGUGAAAUUAUACUAGGAAAUACAUACCACCUAGGAAAUCGACCAGGUACGGAUGUUUUAGAAAAAGCUGGUGGCCUCCACAAAUUUAUGGGUUGGAACAGAGCACUCCUUACAGAUUCAGGUGGCUUUCAAAUGGUGUCAUUACUACAAUUAGCGGAAAUAACUGAAGAAGGAGUCAAGUUUAAAUCACCUUAUGAUGGCUCUGAAACUAUGUUGACACCUGAAAGAUCAAUUGAAAUCCAGAACAGCAUAGGAGCUGACAUUAUCAUGCAACUAGAUGAUGUUGUACAAACAACAAACCAAAACUAUGAGAGAAACAAAGAAGCUUCAGAAAGGACCAGCAGAUGGCUUGACAGAUGUCUAAAGGCACACAAGAGACCCACAGAGCAAAGCAUAUUUCCUAUUGUACAAGGUUUAUUAAACAAUACCUUAAGAGAACAGAGUGCUAAAGAACACAUGACUAAAGAUGUAAAUGGAUUUGCUAUUGGAGGGUUAAGUGGGGGUGAAGCAAAGGAUGAUUUCUGGCCAAUGGUUAGCUUGAGCACAGGAAUACUUGAUAAAAACAAGCCACGAUAUCUCAUGGGUGUUGGAGUUGCCAUUGAUCUUGUAGUGUGUGUGGCUCUUGGUGUUGACAUGUUUGACUGUGUUUUCCCAACUCGUACAGCAAGGUUUGGGUGUGCACUUGUGAAUAAAGGACAAUUGAGUUUGAAACAAAAAAAAUAUGAAACAGAUCUAAAUCCAAUUGACAAAGAUUGUACUUGUUCAACAUGUUUGAAUUACACAAGGGCUUAUCUCCACAGUAUUGUAACAGUAGAAACAGUGUCUUGCCAUCUACUUUCUGUGCACAAUAUUGCUUAUCAGAUGCGUCUUAUGAGGACUAUGAGAGAAAAUAUUGAAAAUGGUACAUUUCCAGCUUUUGUACAACAAUUUGUAAACGAAGUUUAUCCCAAUGGCCAAUAUCCUACUUGGGUUGUAAAUUCACUUAGCUCAGUUGGAAUAAAUUUAUGCCAUCUUUAAAAUAUACUUUUAUUUUUCACUUUUAAAUAUUUUCUAUAAAAUUAUUAGAAGAAAAAAAUGUUUUAGUGUUAAUUUAAUAGAAACAGGAUUUGUAAUAUGAUGGUCACA